ACUUAAAAUGCUGUCAAGUGUCAAUUCGAUAUUUUUUUGAUAGAAGUUAUAAAGUAAACAAAUCAUUAAAUUAUAAUUUAAUAAUAAUUAAACUUUAACAAAGUUUUCAAAAAUGAGUGGUUCUAAUAUGUUAUAUGGCACAACAUUAUCUGCUGAGUCCAUCAAAGUAAUUGCAGAAAGCAUCGGCGUAGGAUUCCUUCCUGAUGAUGCAGCCAAGGAACUAGCCGACGAUGUUUCCUUCAAAAUUAAGAAGAUUGUCCAAGACGCCGCUAAAUUUAUGCACCACUCUAAACGCGAGAAACUUAGCCUUGGUGACAUUGACAAUGCCAUCAAAGUCCGCAACAUUGAGCCUCAAUAUGGAUUCACAUCCAACGAUUUUAUCCCCUUCCGCUUUGCUUCGGGUGGUGGUAGGGAAUUGCACUUUGUGGAAGAUAAGGAAAUGGAUCUGAACGAAAUAGUGCAAGCAGGUCCACCGAAGAUUCCCCUCGACAUAACCCUACGUUCGCAUUGGUUGUGUGUGGAUGGGAUUCAGCCCACUAUCCCCGAGAACCCGCCACCACUAUCCAAGGACUCACAAGCUUUGGACUCUGUCAACCCAGUUGUAAAACUGGAACAGGGUGUAACGAAAGACACCGCUGGUAAGCCAGCUACAGGAAAGAUCCAUAAGUUGAAGAACGUGGAAACAGUUCAUGUCAAACAAUUGGCAACACACGAAUUGUCAGUGGAGCAACAGCUUUAUUACAAGGAGAUUACGGAAGCUUGUGUCGGAGCCGACGAACCAAGAAGAGGUGAAGCGCUACAGAGUUUGGCCUCAGAUCCAGGUCUACACGAAAUGCUUCCUCGUAUGUGCACAUUUAUUGCGGAGGGUGUCAAAGUGAACGUGGUACAAAAUAAUUUGGCACUUCUUAUCUAUUUGAUGAGAAUGGUUAAGGCUUUGCUGGACAACCCUUCUCUAUAUUUGGAAAAAUAUCUACACGAGUUGAUACCAUCAGUUUCAACUUGUAUUGUUUCCAAACAACUUUGUAUGCGUCCAGAGUUGGACAACCAUUGGGCCUUACGAGACUUCGCCGCUCGUUUGAUGGCUCAAAUUUGUAAAAAUUUCAACACAUCUACAAACAACUUGCAGACAAGAGUGACAAGAAUAUUUAGCAAAGCACUUCAAAACGAUAAAACGCAUCUCUCCUCGUUGUACGGAGCUAUUGCUGGUCUCUCCGAAUUAGGGGGUGAAGUUAUAAAGGUGUUCAUUGUUCCGAGGCUAAAGUUUGUAUCGGAACGCAUUGAAAUACAUUUGCAGGGCACGUCAUUAAGCAAUACAGACAAAAUAGCAGCCGGUCACAUUCGAGCGAUGCUUCAGAAAUGUUGUGCACCAGUUUUAAAGGUUAUGCGUAAUCCACCUGAUGCGCUCGAUGAAUACAAGAGUGAAUUCGGUUUCCUGGGUCCAACUCUGCAUCAGGCUGUAAUCAAAGCCCGAAAUGCACCAAUAUCAGCAACUGUCCCCUGCAACUUGGGCAAUUCCAUAUCAAGCGCACCUAUAACCUCAGCUGCCCAGACUGCGUCAACAAUAGGAAGACCACAAGUAACUGCUACUCCGCGUCCACCGUCUAACAUACCGAACUCGAAUAUCGCCCAGCUGAGAACGGUCUCCCAAGUGCAAGUGGGCCAGACACAGAAAUAUGUCAUUCUCCCUCAACAGCGUCCUUCUACGCCUCAGUCUGGCAUGCUGCAAGUUCAGCAGAACGGAAACACCACUCCUGUGGGUCUAAGGACGUCUGUGGAUCCCAGUUCUGUAAUUAUUGACACUGAAGAAAGGCCAAUUCCCGACAUAGACGACCUAUCUCACUUGGAAUAGGCAAUUCGUACAAGAAAACAUUAAAAAAUAUCAAAAAUCUGUUUGCAUUAAAAUAAAUAUCAUUUAAAUAACAUG